AGAUGUGACACAGGUCACACAGGCGCAAAGCAAGAAGAUCGAGUUGCUCCGUGCUUGACGGUACGUGGCGUCAAUCUGUUGCCCAUGGACUGUUGCCGAGGAUACCGGGCGAAGUGUUUCGAGUAUUGUUAUAAUUAAAAAUUGUGCCGAGCGUCUCUCGUAUACUAGUGAAAAACAAAAGCGCGAAAAUGAGUAAUUCAACUAUUUCGGAUCAAUCGCUGAUGGACAAGUCGAUGCGGAGUGUCUUUGUCGGGAAUAUCCCGUACGAGGCUACGGAGGAGAACUUGAAGGAUAUCUUCAGCGAGGUUGGGCCGGUGCUCUCGUUCAAAUUAGUAUUUGAUCGUGAGACAGGCAAACCCAAGGGAUAUGGCUUCUGCGAGUACAAAGAUCAAGAGACAGCCCUGAGUGCUAUGAGAAACCUGAAUGGAUAUGAGAUCGGUGGACGAACGUUGCGCGUGGACAAUGCCUGCACGGAGAAGAGUCGUAUGGAGAUGCAGAGCCUCCUGCAGGGCCAGAACACGGAGAAUCCCUACGGCGAGGCCGUUCAGUCGGACAAGGCUCCGGAGGCGAUAAGCAAAGCCGUGGCGUCCCUGCCACCGGAGCAGAUGUUCGAGCUGAUGAAACAGAUGAAACUCUGCGUGCAAAACAAUCCGAACGAGGCGCGUCAAAUGCUGCUGCAGAAUCCACAGCUGGCGUACGCUCUGCUCCAGGCGCAGGUGGUCAUGCGGAUAGUGGAUCCGCACACAGCCGUCAGUAUGUUGCACAAGGCCAAUCCUAUCCCGGGGGUGCUGACGCCGUCGGACAAACCGAUCCAGCAGGUACAGCCGCGAAUCGAGGAGCCGUGGGCGCCGCGACCACCACCCGUCAACGCCCCAGCGCCCAUCUUCGCCGGUCAGGACGUAGAUCUCCGACUGGAGAGACAGAUAGAUCCAUAUAUAGCUAGGAAGGAUCAAGAUUUGAGAGGAUCACUGGACAAGGAAUUAAAAUUAAAAAUUGAAUCCGUAAAAACAGGUCAGGACGUAGAUCUACGACUAGACAGGCAGAUAGAUCCGCGUGUAGCUAGGAUGGAUCAAGAUUUGAGAGGAUCGCCGCAAACGCAGCCCGCGCCGGUCAGCGCGCCAACGGUGUUGCCGGCCACCGCCGAUCCGAGGGGGGCAAAUGCGUUUAAUAUCGCGGACAACAUUCUUCCUGUGGAAGGAAUUGAGAGCUUCUACCGCGACCCGAGAUCCGACAGAUUCAGCAGAGAUUCGAGGGAUUCCAGAAUGCCCAUCGAUCCUAGGAUUACCAAAUCUAAUCCGACUCCCGUGGCGCCGCCGAUUGUUCCGAGACCGGUUGCUGCACCGAUUGUGCCGGCAUCAAGCGCUGUAACUAGCAACACGACCGGCGGCUCCGCUGCCGCUGCGCUUUCGCAGCCCGCGAGUUCUGCAACCACGAGGCUCGUGGGAAUGUCUUCAACGGGAAAUAUUCCCAGCGGCGCGUCCGAUCAGGAAAAGGCGGCCUUGAUAAUGCAAGUGUUGCAAUUAUCGGACGAGCAAAUUGCAAUGCUUCCACCUGAGCAGAGGCAAAGUAUUCUAGUGCUAAAGGAACAGAUUGCAAAAAGUACACAGCGUUAGCGUGACAGACAACGCGUAAGGUGAUAUCUCUGAACUUUAUGCAAUAGCAAAAAGUGAUGUACGCUGUAUUUCUACAAAAUAAGAUUUUACAAGA